AAGAGUUGAAAGAGAGAUAGAGAGAGAGAGAGAGAGAGAGAGAGAGAGAGAGAGAGAGAGGAAAGAGGGGAGAAUGGCAACCUCUAACAUUGCUUCAGCUGCUUCUACCUUUGUUCUCACCUCAAACAUCACCACCACCACCACCUCCUCCUCACGUGCCUCCAUCUUCUUCCCCAAGAACAACUCCACUGCUAGAAGGCUAGUCGUAUGUGCCCAAGAAGUGCCGCCGCCGCCGCCGCCGCCACCUGCUGCAGCCCCUGCGGAGGGUGGAGCUCCCGCCACCAAGCCUGCUCCGCCCCCGCCCAUUGGACCCAAGAGGGGCACAAAGGUGAAGAUCCUUAGGAAAGAAUCCUACUGGUACAAUGGUAUCGGAUCUGUGGUAGCCGUUGAUCAGGAUCCAAAAACCCGCUAUCCCGUCGUGGUUCGAUUCAACAAGGUGAAUUAUGCCAACGUCUCUACCAACAACUAUGCAUUGGAUGAGGUCCAGGAAGUGAAAUGAGUAGCAAGUGCAUGCGUGCGCACAUUUGUGUGUGUGAAUGUAUCCGUAGUGUUUUCAAAUUUGUAAUAUACUUCUUGCUCGUGUAACCCGUUCUAUUUUCCAACGAACAUUUAUUUGUGUGA